GCCGUCGGCGGCGGUGCCAGCGUCGCUCGUCGGCGCGCGAGAGUGACGCGUUCCGGUCCACAGGCGGCGGCGGAGCCAGCACGCUGUGAGACGAACGGCACCAGGACACUUGGAGCCUGAACAUGACGACCCUGACGAUUACCACCUCGCUAGACCGGCCGUGCGGCUGACGGCCUCACUGGAAGGCCGGCCGAAGGUGACGCUGCAGACCAGCCGGGCUUGAACAUGACGCCAGCCAGCACCCGCUCCCUGUCGCCGCUUCUCGUCUCGGUGGUGAUAAUCGCCCCAUCCGUGCUCUCCGUCGACCUAGGGGGAUGUCGACUGCCUCUAGGAGUUACAUCGGGUCAGAUAAAGGAUGAGGACAUGACUGCCUCGUCCAGCUACGAUGAGAACAACACAGGACCGCAGAACGGAAGGGUGAACGUCGAGAGGUCGGCCGGCGCCUGGUGUCCCCUGCUUCCCGUGUCACGUGGCUCGCGGGAGUAUCUGCAGGUGGCGCUGCCCGCGGAGCACGUGAUCAGCGCCGUGCUGACCCAGGGUCGCUACGACCGGGGCCGCGGGGUCGAGUACACCAAGGAGUUUACGCUCGAGUACUGGCGCCACAACGUGGGCUGGAAGAACUACACCAGCUGGAAUGGAGCGAGGAUCUUCGCGGGUAACACGAACAUGGUGGCGGUGAAGGAGACCCCGCUGGUGCCCCCCAUGGUGGCGUCCAAGGUCCGCUUCCUGCCGUACAGCGAGCACUCGCGUACUGUCUGCCUUCGAGUCGAGCUACUCGGCUGCCGGCGCAAAGACGGAGUGGUGUCGUACUCGAUGCGCCAGGGCGACAUAUAUGCCCCGGAGGUCAGCCUGCGUGACCUCUCGUUCGACGGCGAGUUUCGGCGCGGCUUCCUGUCACGUGGUCUGGGUCAGCUGACGGACGGCGCCGUCGGCGGCGACAGCUUCCUGGCCGACCUCGGCCAUGGCGCAGGCUACGAAUGGGUGGGCUGGGCCAACAAUGCGUCUCAGCAGUAUCCCAUCGAGAUCACAUUUGAGUUCGACGCCAUCCGGAACUUCUCGCUGGUCUCACUUCACACCAACGUGCACUACGGCCGUGGCAUUCAGUGGCGGGACCGACGCAGCGUCGGCUCGUUCUCCGGCUCGUGCGCGAGCCCUGGCGCUCACUCGGCCAGGUGA